UCGACCAGUUGUAUAUUGACAGCCGUGAGGGGAGGGUGCGCGCCGCCGACCUCCCGAGUGCCUGAAGUGCCCCUUAUUAUAUGGCCUGUGGAAGCUACCCUUGUGAAUACCCUUAGCACAUCCCCUCAGCAGCAUGGCAGGCCAGUCUAUUAACGACAGACUGACGGCGGCGCGCUACAGUCUGGCCGGACAAGGACUAGCAAAAUCAGUCUGUAAAGCGACCACAGAAGAAGUUAUUGGACCGAAAAAGAAGCAUUUGGACUAUCUGCUUCACUGCACCAAUGAGCCCAACGUGUCAAUCCCCCAGCUGGCCAACCUGCUUAUCGAGAGGGCACAAAUGCAGUCAUGGGUCAUCGUCUUCAAAGCGCUCAUCACCGUGCAUCAUCUCAUGUGUUAUGGCAAUGAGAGAUUUACACAGUACUUAGCAUCGAGCAACUGUAAUUUCAAUCUAGGAGGUUUUCUGGAUAAGACAGGAGUUGCAAAUCAAAGUCAUCCGCAAAUAAAUUAUGACAUGUCAACAUUUAUUCGACGUUAUGCUAAAUACAUCAACGAAAAGGCAAUCUCCUACCGUGGUGUUGCGUUCGACUUCUGCAAGGUGAAGAGAGGGAAGGAGGACGGCACUUUACGUACAAUGCCAACAGACCAGCUGCUCAAGACCCUACCAGUCCUGCAGGCCCAAGUUGAUGCCCUGUUGGACUUUGACUGCACAGAUAAUGCACUCACUAACGGCGUCAUCAACUCCGCCUUCAUGCUGCUCUUCCGGGACCUAAUACGCCUCUUUGCUUGCUACAACGAUGGCAUCAUCAACCUGCUGGAGAAAUACUUCGAGAUGAAUAAAAAGCAGGCAAGAGACGCCCUGGACUGCUACAAAAAGUUCUUAAUACGGAUGGAUCGAGUAGCAGAGUUCCUCAAGGUGGCUGAGAGUGUAGGGAUAGAAAAGAGCGACAUCCCAGAUUUGACUAAGGCAGGAAGCUCAGCCCCCAGCAGCCUCCUGGAUGCCCUGGAAGCACACCUCGCAUCCCUGGAAGGAAAGAAACCACCCACCACCACCUCCACAACUUCAAGUAAAGUGAACAUCAAGAGUGCCGUAUCAGCUCUUACCUCGACCAGUGUAUCCUUUGGCACUGCAAGCAGCAAUGGGAGACUUGGGGAGCCGGCCGCCACUACCAAUAACGGCACAGGGGUGGAUGAACUGACCAAGCGGGCGGCCCUGGCGGAGGAGGAAGCUUUGUACGAGAAGCUCAAGGUGAAAGCUGAACAUGAUCACGCCAAGAACAACCCCUUCCUGAGCUCCCCCACCAACGAGGCUGCCCCUGCCGCCCCUACCAACAACGGAGACGCUUCCCAGAUCAUCGACCUCUUUGGCGCCUCACAGACAGAUGCAGCGCCAGGACAGGCAGGCAAAGCUUCAGAUGAUCUCCUGCAGCUUGGCAAUCCCUUCGCUGACAUGCUGAGUGGGACAGCCGCUGCCACCACUGCUGCUGCUCCUGCCCAGCCUUACACCAAUGGUGUCUCUCAGAGUGUGUGUCAAACCUCCUCCACAGCCCCUGGUUUUGUUUCUGAUAAUGCCUUUGAUGCUGUAUUUGGCAAGAGUAGCACAUCCCAGAGCACGGUUGCGACCAGUUCCUUCACCUGGCCAGCUGCCAUGCUAGGAGGUGGGCCGGGCACAGGCACCAUCACCGCCACCGAUGCCAAUCCUUUUGCCGACUUUGGCAUGUCAGGCCCCCCUGGUCCUUCCCUUCCCCCUCAGAGUGGUCUGGGCUCUCUCGGCACCUCCACCAUCACCACCACCACUACUACCACCACCACCACCACAACCUCUAGCACGGCUGACCUCUUGGCUGGCCUGGACUCCCUAGCAGGGGUCGGCAGCAGUGGCGUGCCCCUCCAGGCCCCUGUAGUGCCCCCUGCUCAGCCUGAAGCUUUUGACGGAUUUGGCGACAUUCUGAAGCCUGAAGGCAGCGUGGGUGGUGGGGGUGGUGGUGGAGGGGGCAGUGGCGUGGCAGGGGCGCCAAUUGCUCCUUCUGCAAUGGGCGCACCAACCACCACUGCAGCCUCCAACCAACCAGCCAAGCUGAUCAGCGGAGACCUGGACAUGUCCCUCUCCUCCCUGGUGGACAACCUCAACAUUAAGGGACCAGCAACACAAAAAGGGCAAUGGAACUCACCCAAGACCCAGAACAAGACGGGGGGUGCUGGCUGGACCCCCGCUGCCCCUCCCGCCACCAUGGGGGGCUUCCGUCCAGCCAUGCCAGGACAAGCCAUGGCUGCCCCAGCCCAGCCUGUGGCCGGCCAGCCUGGGCAAUGGGCUCCAGGCAUGCAGAUGGGCGGUUCCUUUCCACAGCAGCCCAUGCAGCAGCAAGGCAUGCCAAUUGCAGGUGGUGUGAUGCCGGCCACCUUCCCCGCAGCAGUGAGCCAGCCCGGGGCUGCCCCAGCGCAGCCCACACAACCUGCAGCCUUUGAUCCCUUUGGUGCCCUGUAAUGCUGUAGAUGGACAGCACUAGAGGCAUAAUACUGGUAGUGGCACAGCAGAGCGAGACUUCACUGUCACCACGUUCAUAUUUACUGUCGUGGCUUAAUUUUCCAUUAGCCUCGCCCUGCCUGGCACCAGCCGAGCCUUGGGGCCAGAAGAAGAUAAAACGUGUGCUAGUAGAUCAGAUUGUUGUCGUCAUGCCAAAAAUGCAUGUUUUAUUUUUAUUUCCGAGUGUAGCGAUAGUGAUGUUUUAGGGCGAGUUAUCUACUUUGUUGUCAGUUUCUUUCUGGUAGGUUAGGUCGUGUUGCAGGUGAAACCGUGUCUGCUGAAGUCCUCACUCAGUUAUCGUUUGGAGCAGAGUGUCGUGCCUGGUGUGUCCAUUUCAUCUUGUAUAACUGUGUAAAAUGUUCCAGAUGAUGUUACUGCCGUUUAUAUUUGACACUUGUCCAGUCAGCAGACAGACACAGACACAAGGAACUCAUCUAGGCUUCAACUGUAUAGUAUGAAGUUCAUUUUAGUUUUAAGUGGAAGAAAAUUGUAUUAUACUAUAUAAAUUGUACAUUCCAUUGACUACAAGCCAGAAGUUCGACGUUUGGGAUCCAGCAAAGUGGUGUUGCAGCACAGCAAGCCUUGUAUCAUAUUUAUUCCCGCCCCGGGAGGCGGCGCCGCAGCCCGGAGGCAGUGCAGGCAAAACACACCCCGGCAGGCACCACCGCCCCAGGAGACAGGGAGGCCCUGCCCCCGACCACCCCUCCUCCCCGGCCCGAGGAGCGGCGCCUGGAGGCUGUGUGGGAGUGGCACCAUUGCAGCAGGUGGGACUGUUGGGUGUACAUAGGAGAGGCAGAGGGAGGUGUUGCACUGAGUGUUGUUAUAAAGCUGUGUUGUGUGCAUUCCAAGCCUGUGAGGGGCACCAGUGUGCACCGGCGACAUGGCAGGGAGGGCCCCCGGGUGUGCCUGGCUAGAGGGUCGGGGUGCCGGGCCGGGUGAGGGGCGGCCUCUGCCCGCUGGUCCAGAACUUGAAGUAGUCGUGCAUGUUGAACAUAUCUAACUUAAUAUUUGCCAGAUAAUACUCAACCCAAUAGUAACAGGUUGGUUGUAUGUGCACAGAGUCUAAGGCAAAGAAGUUUGCUGACAUAGGUCCCGAGACCUUAGGAACCCUGAAAUAUUCCCUGUAAGUAGGUCAUACACAGAUGUGGCAUUAUCUCCGGCCUGCGGGGCCGGGCGCCAGUGGCCGGCACCGGCUGGCAAUAGUGGUAAGUAUUAUUCCAUAUGUAACAAAGCCUUUAAACUGGAUAUGUUAAAUAUAUAUAAUAUUUAUUCAGUUAUGAUGUGUGAGAAAUUCUCAGGCAAAAUCCAGAUGAAAAUGAUGAUUUGGGAAUUUAAUUACUGAAUUGUAAAAUGGAAAAAAAAAAAAAAAAACAUAGGCAGGAUCAUUGUACCCAGUGCAAUGUUUCCUUCACUGCGGCGGCAGUUCUGAGAGUGUCUCACAGUGCAGGGCUUCUGCAGGAACAAAACACAGCCCCAUACCACAGCAAGGCACCACAGGGCCCACCACAGACUGGCCUCCUCGCCGACAUUCAGACACCCACUUGUAUAUUCUGUACAUUUCUGCUCGAAAUCUUCCACCAGCUUGUCAGGGCAGCAGUAUGGCCCUGUCAUGGGGCUUGGAUAUGGAGCAAGUUUGGGCAGCAGUGUCUGGCAUACUUGAGUUGCCAAGGCAUGAGGGCCAGGCAGGCCAUUGGCUCCCAUGGCCCACCUUGCCUCUCCUCAUGGCUUGGACAGCUCCCGGCAGGCCUGGGUUGGUUUUGUUCCUGCUCUUCCCGACACUGCAUCAUUCUGUAGCAUCAAUGGCAGCCUCAAUGUUGUGGUAGAUGGUUGGAAAAAAAAAACAUAAUUUGGUUCAGAGGAGGGAAGUUAUUUAUUAUUGUUGACAUCAUGUAUUAGUGCAAGAUCUGACUUAGGUGAUGCCACAGGUCUUGUCCACAACUCCAGGUUCUUACAUGAUGGGAAUGUGAGUUUUGGAACAAUUAUGAAUAAAUGUUGAAGAUGGU